AUGUAUUCUAUGAACUAUAUUGGCAAGUUUAUUGCCAACUUUCGGGAGUUUUACAAUGAAAUCAACGGUGCAACGCUGACAGGCGCCAUUGAUGUCGUUGUGGUCGAGCAGCCAGAUGGUAGCUUUACCUGUUCGCCCUUCCACGUCCGCUUCGGAAAACUCGGAGUUUUGAGAUCCAGGUUUAAAGUGGUGGACUUGGAACUAAACGGCGAGCCACUAAACAUUCACAUGAAACUGGGAGAAUCAGGAGAAGCCUUCUUCGUAGAAGAGGUUGGCGAGGAUGAGGCAGAAUGUUCGGCACAUCUGGCUACUUCACCAAUCCCUGCCACAAGGUUUGAGGAGUUAUACGAACCGAGACGACGAAACUCGCUCUCCGCCGUCGAACCAGAUCAUGGACAAGCGUCAGACUAUACUAAAAGAAGAUACACGGCAGAUGGACAGUCAAUGCAGAAACCAGACCUAAGUAAAAUAACUAAGAAACCUACCAAAGAAGACAAUAUAAAUAAUGACCAUGAAGCGUUAUUUGAAAUGGACGGCUUAGACGAAGCGACAGAUAAAACGGACGGAAGAGCACCUAGAACUUUCGCCGCGACACAGCUCGGUGGAGCUGAGAGCGAAGCGCAUCAAGUUGUGCAAAAGAUCAGCGCACACAAUGACUUCCGGCCUAUCGAUGCCGCGCCCUCUAAUCAAGACGAACUAAAACAAAACGGUAACGGAAAGAAAAAGAAGAAAACAAGGAAGACCACUUCAAAGAAACACCAAAGAAAGUCAUCGACUAGUUCUAUUUCUAGUCAAUCCGAUCGCGCGGGCUCCGAGCAACGCGCCACACAGCCAGCUCCCAUUCCAAACGUCACUGAUAUCAACUUCUUCAGCGACACAGAAAUGAACCCCACUUCUCUAAGUGAAGAGAUGUCCAACCUCAACUUAACCGGUGACAACCGCAUCCCACUGGCGUUAUCGGACACAGCGUUUGAGGUGCACGCCGCCUCCAGACACGCGAGGGGUUCACGUGGGGGCACACCUGUUCAAUCGGAUACCGAAGUGGAGCUAGCGGGACGUGCAACGGGCGACAAAUCAUCGCAGUCCUGGCGCUGGGGCGAACUGCCUGAGCCUCCGGUCCGUGGGACGGAGACGCUGGCCUCACCCGACUCGCCCGACUCACCUGUGUUACCAGCUUCGCCCGCAUCUCCCACCGAGCCUCUGAGCUCAGACGAAGAGCGGCCCAGUCGGCGUGGUGUGCUAAGUGGAAUGUUCCGCUUUAUGUCUCCGCGUGACGCCUCCGACGUACCCGUGGAGGGCGUCUACCUCGACGAUCUGGACCGGGGCCAGGUCGACCCUGAUCUCUAUUUUCCGAAACAUCACAUUGAACGCCAUCGUUCGGGAGCUACUGCAAUAGUACAUUCUACAACGGGGCCUACCGAGGAGGAGUACGAAUCUGGUAACGGACCGUCCCUCCCACAGUCGCCUGCGUCCCUCGACCCGCCUACGUUAGAUUCCGACGACGACGAAAAACUUUUAGCGAAAGGUCAAGUGGGAGUAUAUGUGCAAGAGGAUCGAGUGACCCGCGCGCUGUCGUUCGAAGAGUUCUGCUCCCGCGGCGGCGCGCUGGCGGCCGAGGGGCGCCUCGUGGUGCGCCUGGGCGGCCGCGCCCUGCCGUGGCGCAGCGCCGGGCCGCUGCUGCUGUCGCUCCUCGCCUACAGGAGGCCGCUGCCCAACCGCGUGUUAGAAUCCUUAGAGAAAAGUUCAGAGAAAGACGAGUCGUCAAUACGAACGCCUGACAGCGCGGUGAAGCCACGAAGCUACUCCUGGUGGAGCUGGCGUCGCUCCAAGGCGGAGGCGGAGCUUUCUGAAACGUCACCGCCAAAAGACGACAUCGUAAAGGUUGUAGAUACACUGAUUGAAGUUGCAGCGGAACCUGAUAUAAAUGAAAUACAAGAAGAGACGCCAUUCGAAGAUGAAGCGAAUGCUGAGCCGUCCAUCAAUAUAGAUAUUGAUCCUGUACAGCUAAUAGAAAAUGUUCCAGAACCUUUGCCUGAAAUGAAGGGAGCACAGGAUUUAGUCGACCACACGAGCCAUGACCACAGUUCGUCUGAUUCGGAUCAUGAUGGUCAAGUCAAGAGGCAUUCACGGAGAUAUUCGACCUUCAGAAAGACCCUUCGUUUAUCAUCAGAGCAAAUCAAAAAUCUAAAUCUUCGCGAGGGAAUGAACGAGAUGGUGUUCAGUGUAACAACGGCGUACCAAGGCACAACAAGAUGCAAGUGUAACGUGUUCAGAUGGCGCUACGACGAUAAGAUAGUCAUCUCAGACAUCGAUGGAACGAUCACCAAAUCUGAUGUUUUGGGACAUAUUUUCCCAUUGGUGGGAAAAGACUGGGCGCAGUCAGGCGUCGCUCAGUUAUUUACGAAAAUCAAGAACAACGGGUACCAGCUUCUUUACCUAUCUGCCCGGGCGAUCGGACAAGCUAGGGUAACUCGUGAGUACCUGCGCUCCAUCAGGCAGGGCGAGGUGUGCCUGCCCGACGGGCCGCUGCUGCUCAACCCCACAUCACUAUUGCGUGCCUUCCAUCGCGAAGUCAUCGAGAAAAAACCGGAGGAGUUCAAAAUACAGUGUCUGGCUGAUAUUAAGGCGUUGUUCCCGCAAGGCUCUAAUCCUUUCUACGCUGGAUAUGGCAAUAGAGUUAAUGAUGUAUGCGCUUACCAGGCCGUCGGCAUUCCGAUCGUCAGAAUUUUCACUAUUAAUUACAAGGGCGAACUGAAGCAUGAACUGACUCAGACAUUCCAAUCCACUUACAACGUGCAAAGUGACAUGGUCGAUGAUUUCUUCCCGAAACGUGUAGUUAAAAGCUAGUACUUGCACAUGUCGGUGCUGGUGGACCAGGUGUUCCCGCCGGCGCAGUGCGAGCCGAGCGCGGAGUUCUCGCAGACGGUGUACUGGCGCGAGCCGCUGCCGCUCGUCGAGCUGCCCGUCGCCCCGCCGCCUCUCCCCAAACACUAG